AUGGUGCCAUCCAACUCUACAGCGACAGUGCCCUUUCUGAGUAGCCUGUGGCAGGGCCCAGCUCCUCUGGGCAGCAGCGCCCCCAGCCUGGCGCGCAAGUCCCCCAGCGGCGGCGAGGGUGAGCUGGAAGCAUUGUACAUCCUCAUGGUGCUGGGCUUCUUCAGCUUCUUCACUCUCGGCAUCAUGCUGAGCUACAUCCGUUCCAAGAAACUGGAGCAUUCUCACGACCCGUUCAAUGUGUACAUUGAGUCGGACGCCUGGCACAAGAAGGACAAGGUGUACUUCCAGGCCCGGGUUCUGGAGAGCUGCAGAGCGAGUCUCGUGCUGGAAAACCCCGUGGCUGCAGAGCAACCCAACACAUACCUUCCCGAGAGUAAGCCUUUGUCCUGA